UGAGGAGGUUGAAAUUAUUGAAACAGGGCAUAGAAGGGGCUCUGAAUCAAGUACAUCAUCAGUAGUUAGAAGGAUGGAAAAACAUAGUAUCCAAUCUCAAGAUUUGCCAGAAAUUAUAGAAGAAGAUAUGUCGGAUGUAGAUGAUAAUGAAGAUGGUAAAAGUAAUCGUCCAACAGACCAAAGCAUUAUCCCUUUAGAAAAAGAAUCCCGUAAAAGACCUAGUAAAGAUACCCCUGAAAAUAAAUUAUCUAGUAAGAAAGUAAAGACUAAAGACGGAAAUAUAUCUAUGUUAAAAAAACUUAUUGGGGAGCUGAAAUCGCCAAGUUCUUCAACAAGUAGUACCACUUCUCAGGCUGAAUCUAUCACAAGCCCAAGUAAUUUUUCUGAUUUAUAUAGUGCAAUUGUUAAGGCUGAAGAACGAAUUGAAAGUGUGAAUCAAGAAAUUAUUAUAUGCUAUUUUGCUUUUGGAAAAAAGCUUAAGGAAAGAUUAGCCGAGUAUAUGAAAGAUAAUAAAGAUUCUUUUACGAGUGCUCCUACGGCUAGUCUCCCGACAACUGAAGAAAUUAAUGGAUUAAGUCGAGAUGAGGUUAAAGGAUUUUUGCAAGGGAGGAGAGUUGAAUUGGACCUUGAGGACGAUGAUAUCAAUAUAAUAUAUAAUCAGAGAGUUAAGGGUGAUACCUUUCUUGAUUUUAUUUCCGUAGAUUUUGAAAGAUGGGGAAUACCGGGCGCUCCUGCCAAAAAACUUGAAAGGUUGAUUAAACAAAUUAAAGGAGACCAUGCCAUAUUCACCAAUAAUACCGAAUACUUACAUAAUCUUGUGCUUUGCUUUCCUGCUUCUUACCGUCAAACCCGCCAAAAAACACAAUUGCGUUAUCAAGAAUCCAACCCUUAUCUUGCCAUCGGUACUCGUAUGCUAUUUCAACUUCUCAGAGAGAAGAUGGAUCUUUAUGAAAUUAUCGAGACAUACUACCCACCAAAUCCGAUGGAUGUUGUGAAAUUGAUUGCCAAACACUAUAACCGAGACUUGAAAAGUGCUACCAUCAUUUUGGUUGUUGACGGCAUGCAACAGCUUAUGGAGAACAAAGAUGAUGGUUUAAAGUUAAAUUCUACAUUUUACAAAACCUUGACAUCUUUUGCAGAUCUAGCGUUUAGUGGCACUUUCAUGAUACCCGUUUGUACCUCAACUAUCACUGGACCGAUUGAUGGUACGGCCCUAGAAGUUCUGAAUGAUUGCUUGGCAGGUCGUAGCAUUGAAGAAUGCAAUGUCGAUACUUUUAUGAACGAUCUGCGUUAUAACCUUACUAAAAAAUACCGUGAUGCUAUUUUUAGUUCUGUGGAAGAAGCCAGGCCCAUUGCACGAGCAAUAUUGACUAGACGCCUCUUAAAUAGAUAUAAACCUAUUCCAAAAACUGACAAAACACCAGAUGAAUUUGUUGGGUGUGGGUUGAUUAGAUUUGAGCAAAUAGAAAAUACUCCAAAAGGAUACCUCACUGCACCGUACAUCUGGCUCUGGGUAUUUGUAGAAAUGUCUCAACAGUUAGGAGAUCCAAUACUUCGGGAUUGGGAGUUUGCUGAUUAUGGAGAGCAAAGAGCGCUUUUGAAUCCAGUAACAUCGUUGCAAGCCAAGUCAUGGCAAAGUUUUGAAAAAUUUGUCGCGUCAUUUCGUUGUAUAAAGUCAGCUGUGAUUGAAGAAGAUGAGCUAACAACGAUCUCAGAGGUUCACGCGGGAGCACGCUUGAAUGGUGAUAUCCAAUUUAAAAACCAUAAUCUACAACUUGAAGUUGCAAAACGUCAUACAGACACAAGGUCUAAAACUCUCACUGGAAAUGAAUGGGACGUUGAUUGCUAUAAUUCUACUGUUGAUGUCCGACAAUUCAAACAUUGUAUAAUUAAUGCCCCAGCUUCACCAUACGGAGAUUCCUUCCUUUCAUUAGAUCAGCCGGGUACCGAAA